UAGCGAGUCACACGUCGGCUACCCUACCAUGCUCUGCUCAGUCGCCCAGUGGAUUCUGUUAUCUCUUGGAACCUUCGCUCUCUGUUUCACCCUUGUUAGGUGUAGUGCUCACAGGCAGCAUGGAGAGGCACACAGGACCCUCCAGCUAGACGCCCUGAAGGCCAGCAUCCUGGGCUACCUGGGAAUGGACCGGCCACCGGCGCUGAGAGCCAGAGAGUCAAGGCAGGAGCUGGACAGGAUGUUUGAGCAGUACAGGCAGAUGCAGCAGCUGUUCAGGGGGAACUCCACUCAAGAGGAGACACUCACGCAGCACACACACAGAGUCUCAACAACCAUCCUCCCAGUCUCUGUGGUGCCAGUCAGUGAGCAGAAGGGUGAACAUCACAUGGAUCCCAAGACUGCCUGGUACAGAGCAGACUUCCACAGAAUGUCCUCUAUCAGAAAUGAGACACUGGUUCAGGCCAGGCUGAAACUUCACAAUGCUGUCCCUGGCUGCUCACAUAAUAAACAGAAAAUUCUGAUUAAAAUACAUGAAUACGAAGAAGGAAAAACCCACCUCCACCACAUGGAAAAAUCUGUUACGAAAAGACGAUUUUGCACCAGAAAUGUGACGCUGGACAUAAGAGCUGCCAUUGAAAAAUGGAGGGUACGGUCUAGAAAUAGCACUUUAACCAUUGAUAUAGGUUUUACCAUGGGAUCAAGAACUGAUCAGACUAUCCCUAAGAUAGUCCUAGAGAUGGACUUCAUAUUACAUGGUGGAAAAGGCAAACCUAGGCAAGUCAGGUCCAUGAAGGAAGAAGACUGCGAGGAGGAAAACAAGUGCUGCCGGAUAUCGUUGAAUGUGUCUUUCAAAGACAUAGGCUGGUCGGACUGGGUCGUGGCACCCAGCAGUUACAAAAUGUACUUCUGUGAUGGCUCCUGCCCCCACAACUACAAGCCAGCCAGCAUGCACACGUUGGUGAAGUCACGCAUGCAUCACAUGAGCAAAGGGGCCACGCCUCGACCAUGCUGUGUUCCGGCAGCCUAUGAGCCCAUGAUCCUCAUGCACUAUGACAGUCGAGGAAAGCUGAAGCUCACACCUUUCAAUGAUUUGAUCGUUAGCAAAUGCCACUGUGCCUGACAGACAGAGAGAAAAAAAGAGCAUUUGUUUUAGCAAUUUCUUCCCCAAAACAUAAACAUAAACAAAGGAAAAACAAUGUAACCUGUUCUGUAUUUUUUAUUUCAUUUCGUUGUGUUGUUAUAGAUAAAACAAUGUCAUUGCUAAUAUACUUGUUAUUUACCAUUGAUGUCUAUAAAUAUUUAUUGUUAAUUUAUUGCUUAAACCUAUUUCUUGUCAUAUUUGUUGCUUCAACUUGUUACAAAAGAAAAUAUGUGUUUUAUAUUUACAAGCCUUGUAUUACCUAACGUAUUUUGUUGUUCCUUCUCAUUUCAAAAUAACAACAUGAGUCUACAUGAAUAAAACAUAUAUUGUGCAAUAUUUCUGUAUUGAAAUGUGUGCUAAAUUAGGACAAAAAUAUGCCAGCUAAUUCAAAUAACAGCCAACAACAAUCUCUAAUGGAAACAUUCUUAUUUUAUAUGGUUAAUUACACAUGUAUCUUGACAUAAUCUAGUCUGAGAUGCAUUUUACAAUUCUUUACUGAAAAUGUGACAAUUUUUAAACUAAUGAGGACAUCAUACUUUUACAGAGAACAUUUGUAAAUUAAAUGUGGAUGAAUGAACUAAACCUAGAAUCCAGUUUAAAUUCACUCCUCUUCUCACACACACACACACACACACACACACACACACACACACACACACACACACAC